UUAUAUUAUGAAUGUUCGUCCCGUGUGGAUGUCUCCAACGUUGUCAAUUUCCUUCUGAGUGUUCAAUUAAUAGUUGGAUCUGUUGUGAUAGCAUUGUUUUAAAACAUUCGCAUAGCUUGUUUGGAUUGUUACCCGAUUGAGAAAACUUGAAUGGAACUUUAAUUAGUUUUAUUUUAAUAUAAACAAUGAAAAUUUGACAUUUUUUUUUAACGAAGACAUUAUUGCGAUAUCAUAGACCUGAUCAAAUUCGUGGAUUUGUAAUAAUUUCUUAAGGCCAUGGCUUCUACUAACAAAAGUGUAACUAGAGGACCAUUAACACGGAAAAAUAGCAAAGAGAUCGACCCAUGGUGUUUGACCUGCAGUGCAAAUCUUCGUGUCGACGGUGUGUCGUAUGUGUCCCUAUCCAGGCAUAAGACAGCUGAUCUUUGUGACACAUUUACCCGUGUGUUGGGGGCGGAGUUUUCGGAGAGCUACGCCUCAGUCAAUGUGUGCAACAGAUGCGAGAGACAGUUGCGUCGCCUUGGCCGUUACAACAGUAUCAUCCUUGCCAGGAACGAAGGGAGAAAACUUAGAGAUAAUUUGGAGAAAAACCUGGCCAAAUAUGGUCAGACGGUUGUUGUCAGCGGAGACGACUUCUCUGUCUCACCUCCUAAACCUUCCAUCAGCUCCGUCGCCAACACUUCUGUUCUUCUAAAGAGAGGAAAAAGUGCUGAUCUCACCGCUGGCAGGAAAACGUUUGUAGAUCUAUCCACUAGACCAUCGAGUGUCGGUUAUGAAAAUGUCAGCAGUGCAGCAGACAAAAAUGUAGACCAAAAUGGAAGAAGCAUUGGCGGAUUUAGAAAACCACCAGGCCACAGCCCAAGCUUAGAUUUCAAGAAAAAGUCUCUGAUACCUCAGUACAUAGAGGAAGAGAAACGUUGGGAAAGCAGGCGUCGUAACUGGUCCAAGUCUCCAUCCACCAGCGAAGAAAGUAAUUUGUCUUUUGAGAAGGCUAAAGUCGACCAGAAGACACUCACGAAAAACUCUUCCCUUCGCCAAGAUAGUCGUCCAGACACGGUUCGUGAUAACCACAAGGGCAAUGAACAAGAACCUCUAAGUCGAAUUGACUCAGUAACAGAAGAAAUGGAGACAAGUGACAAAGCUGCUCUUGUGGUUCAAGACUCUUCCGAACAAUUUCUCCAAGAAGAAACAAAUAAAAAGAAGAGCAAGCUAGGUUUCGGAUUUAAACCUUCUAAGAACGGUGAGUCAAAAACGUCCCCAGUACAGAGUCCUACUUCAGACACGGGAGAAAAGAAAGCGAAUAAACUGGAAGAUGGCGAAAAGCAACGCCCAGGUCGAGUUAACCCUUUUACAACAGAGGCAGAAAGGGUGAGAACGGCGGAUAGUUUCGAGUCUGCAUUAAGUUUCGAAGAUGACGUUUUCGUCAAGGAUAUAAUAGACCUGGAUGAAAGCUCAGGACCUCUGAAGGACAAUCUUUCUACAGGUCAUGCUUCUGUAAAGACAAUAGACAGCGAACAGAUCCGCGCUGACCUCAUGAGCGAUCUGGACAGACAUAACUUUCGGGAUUUUUCCAGAGCCAGCUCCACUUCCAUCGACACCUCUGAAGCAGAGGUGGACCCAAGCGACUACAACGCUGACAACAGGAGCAGCUUGUCUGAGGUGGAGGAGAGAAUCAACAUCAAAUCUCAGUUCAAAGGCGUCUACUACAACAUCGGCAGCACAGAGGAUCUUCUCCAGGAGUUUGAAAGCGAGCUGGCAGCGGACAGGGCAAGAGUAUGCAAGCUGACCCCUGUCUCGAGCAUAGACAGAGAAGAAGUCCAGGAGAAGCAGCAAGAUGCCGCCAAAGAAACGGAGAUUAAAAAAGGUAAAACCAAUCAUGAAAAUGAUCCUCUAAUUGAUGACCAGGAAGAAACCAAAGAAAACGAGGACGACAAGCCAGAUCUGACUGACCUGGAAGAACCAUUCUUUGAAAAAAGUCACAGUGUUGAAGAUGACCUACUUAGAAAGGAGAUAGUAAAAGAAAAGUCAGAAACUGAAGAGCUUCAAGACAAGAUGGUAGAGCUUGAUCAAGAAGAUGGUUCACUGGAUCAAGUUCAGGAGAAGUCUGAAGUCACAGAACUCCAACAGAAUGGGGUUCUAACAGAUCCAUUACAAAAUGAGCCAGUGGAAGAUGAAUUUACAAAGAGCAAUACGAAGGCUAUAGACAACGAACCGCUGGAGGACUAUCAGGCUGUUUCUUCAGAAGGGGUGCCCAUAACCAAAAAGUCUGAAAAAUCUCCACUGAUCAGCGCAGACCUAAAGGUCAAAGGUGGAAGGGACAAAUUCAAGGAUCAAGAGCCUGGCUUGCUGUGCUGUACCAUACUUUGAAUCUUAUGCUCUUGAUUAUGUUGUUUCAGGAUGAAGAUAGAUCUAGCUAGUGAGUUGCCUGAUCUUUUCGAUGGAAACAGUAACAUUGUAACUUUCGUUAUUGAAUAUAUUUCUAUGCUGUAUGAUGAUGACAGUUAAUAUAGUAUCAUACUUUUCUGUUUAAACGAAGAAGUGUUUUUUUUUUACUAAAGUUAUCAAUUACCGUAAAGAGCAUAAGCAAUGCUAAUAUUAUUAAAUGAUUAACAUAGGCAACACUAACUAUUACUGAAAGUCAUGUAACAAGGUUAUUAAAAAAAUGUCAUGGAAGUGACUCACUUUGGCAGAAAUGAUUUCGUUUAAACAGGAAAUGUAAAUGACAUUUUUUAAUGUUAACUGUCGAAGUGCCUAAAUAAAUGCCUAAUAGUAAAGCUUGCCCUCUGCCUGGACAUUGCCUAUAACUUCAUGAACAUGUUCACGCCUUAUGCAUGAUUGUUUUGUUUUUCUUUUUGCUGUGAUCAUUCACCAUUUUCUUGGGGGAGUUGAAAUCACUUGUUUGUAUUUCACUAGUUUGUUUGUGUAUUACUUUGUCUUUUGUCUUUUGACUUGCAGUAACAAUAAGAACUAUUUAGACUUGUUUAAUUACUGUAAGACUGAGCAACGGUCAGACUUGAGUCCGGUCAGAAUCAGAUUUAACUAAACAAGCAGCAAAGUAUGCUACAAUUAGUGCAUGUAAAAGCAUCUGUUGUAGGGUUAGCUGCCAGGGUAGCUCUCUGGAGCAGCAAAAUUUGCUACAAUUAGUGCAUGUAAAAGCAUCUGUUGUAGGGUUAGCUGACAGAGCAGCUCUCUGGAGCAGCAAAGUUUGCCACAGUUAGUGCAUUUGAAAGCAUCUGUUAUAGGGUUAGCCUACAGGGCAUCUCACUGGAGCAGCAAAGUUUGCCACAGUUAGUGCAUUUGAAAGCAUCUGUUAUAGGGUUAGCUGACAGGGCAUCUCUCUGGAGCAGCAAAGUUUGCCACAGUUAAUGCAUUUGAAAGCAUCUGUUGUUAGGGUUAGCUGACAGGGCAUCUCUCUGGAGCAGCAAAGUUUGCGACAGUUAGUGCAUUUGAAAGCAUCUGUUGUUAGAACUAGCUUACAGGGCAUCUCUCUGGAGCAGCCAAGUUUGCCACAGUUAGUGCAUUUGAAAGCAUCUGUUGUAGGGUUAGCUGACAGGGCUUCUCUCUGGAGCAGCCAAGUUUGCCACAGUUAGUGCAUUUGAAAGCAUCUAUUGUUAGGGUUAGCUGACAGGGCAUGUCUCUGGAGCAGCAAAGUUUGCCACAGUUAGUGCAUUUGAAAGCAACUGUUGUUAGGGUUAGCUGACAGGGCAGCUCUCUGGAGCAGCAAAGUUUGCCACAGUUAGUGCAUUUGAAAGCAUCUGUUGUUAGGGUUAGCUGACAGGGCAUCUCUCUUUCUCAUUCUUUUGUCUUCAGCCCUUCUUUCAUACCAGCACGUUCAGUCUGUCUCCAUGCUGUCCGAUUUUGUGAGAUUAGCUCCCACAUAUUUUCUUUCAUGCCUCUAGCCUUAAGUUCUUGAUUGCAGACAUCUCUGUAGGUUAAUCUAGGGCGUCCAUCGGGUCAGGCUCCUACCUCCAGCUCAACAUUGAGUACGGUUUUAGAAUUCUUCUUUCUGGCAGGAGGGUAGUCUUCUCUGUGUCAAACGAGCAUGGAUACUAUGUGUGCUGGCCAGUUUAAAAACGUACAGUCCGUCUUUGUUCUUUCUUUUGUUCUUUUGUCUAUCUAUCUAUCUAUCUAUCUAUCUAUCUAUCUAUCUAUCUAUCUAUCUAUCUAUCUAUCGAUCUAUCUAUCUAUCUAUCGAUCUAUCUAUCUAUCUAUCUAUCUAUCUAUCUAUCUAUCUAUAUAUCUAUCUAUCUAUCUAUCUAUCUAUCUAUCUAUCUAUCUUACUAUCUGUAUUAUCUAUCUAUCUAUCUUACUAUCUGUUUAUCUAUCUAUCUAUCUAUCUAUCUAUCUAUCUAUCUAUCUAUCUAUCUAUCUAUCUAUCUAUCUAUCUAUAUAUCUAUCUAUUCCUCGCUCUCUCUCUCUCUCUCUCAUGUAUGCACAAUACGUUUUCACACAGACAUCGACUGACGACUUUAUGAAUUAAUUAUUAAUUGUAAAUACUAAAUACUCAAUUUAAUAAUUACUUUUAACACUGUAAAUUUGUAGCCUAUAUAAUAUAAUCAAUUUAAUACUAUCAUCUCUUUUGUAGCCACUAUGCAAACGUUCAUGGUUAAUUAGAUACACUUUUAAAUAAUCCGCUACAUUUCAUUCUAUACAUGUGAAUUCUGUUCUAUACAUGUGUUCCAUGUUUGAAAAUUGUAAUGCAUUCUUGACAAUAGGACAUUUAGACAUUUAUUCAUUGUAUUCUUUUCUAUUUUCAAGUUUCAUACUGUAGUGAAUACAAAGCUUGAGUCUGCUCCCUUUCAAAACAUGAAGAAAAUUUUUUUUUUCUGGGGAGAGUUUUGUUAUUUUUUCGCGCCGAAAUAAAAUCUUGUUUACUUAUCAUUUUAACAUUGAAGCUGCCUGAUCGUGUCGUUAGCACAUUGGAAUGCCAUCAAAACGUACCGAGUUUGAACCCUGCCUUUCUAAACAUGUUUGACAAGGCUUUCAUUUCUGAAGGAUCUUCGAAACAGUCAAAACAUAAACUGUUGCGGCAUCUAUUAUGGGAUGCUGAGGAUAUAUAUUGUAAAGAGAUCACCUUUACCUACUACAAAUAACAUGCAACAACAGUGGCAACUUUGAAGUGAGAAAAGCUGCCGUUUGCUGAAGGAAACAUUUUUUUUAGUGUUCAUAACAUGUUUAAUUAGGUUAAGACACAGGAAACCUAAUUUGCUACAAAAUAGAAAAAAAAUUCUUUUUUAAAAUCAAUGACACUAUUCAAUGAUGUUAUAAUUUAAAUUAAAUAAAUACAAACAGUAAUAUAUUUAUAAAAAAAGGUUUUCCAUGUACAAGUCAUUUAGGGAAACAUUGCAUUUCCAAGUCAAAUAGAGAACAAAACACUUAUCAACUUAAGUUACUUGAAAGGCUUUUAAGUCGCUAUGAUUUCAUAGGCAUUAUUUAAUUAGUCAAUUUCAAUUCAUACUUAUUUAAUUUAUGGCAAAUGAAUUUUUAAGUAUCAUUCGAAUCUCCUCCGAGUCUAGAAAUUCGUUAGUGGUUCUCAAACCUGUAGAACUGUAAUGAGCGGUACAUGUAGCACACAUCAACUUUCAUACUUCACAAAUCUGUCCCUCUGGUGUUCUUGGAACAGUUCCUGCUUUACAUAUUUCUGUUAACCUAGAUCUAAACAAUUGUGAUACCUUACGUGUGAUAGCACUUUGUGCUAAGUGUUUACUUUCUAGUUGACCUGUACAUACAAUAAUACCCGACUUAUUUUAUUUUGGAUUUUAUACAAUAUGUGGUACCCAUCUUUUUUUUGAAAUCUAUUUCUGCGUCUAUGUUUUAAUUGAACAAAUAUUAGUGACGCUAUUACAUGACUUGUAAGAGCUGUGUGUUCGUAUUAUAUUCAUUUAUUCUCUUUAGGUUCCAGAUUUUAGGCUACAAACAAGAAAUAUAAUAAUGUGGUCAAUUAGAAGAAGAGUAAAAUAUAAUGACGUUGUAUUUUAGUUUGUUUCAUAAACUUUAGAAGAGUUUAGAUUUAAUUUGUAUGGGCAUAAGAAAAGAUGGCAAUGCUCUUUGUUUUGUUGUGAUGUAAUACAUAUCUCUAAGGGUAAUAUAAAAACAAAUGACAUUAUUUGAAUAAAAUGCUUUUAAAAGUUAAGUGUUUAAAGUCAGUGUUUAACACUCGGCUGUGUUCUAUACUGUACAAGAUAAACACCAGUUUUAAAGCUAUGAACCGCUACAAUUGUAAUGCUCCUGAAUGUACAAUGACCUUUGUAUCUUCAUCGCUUCAUGAUUAUUUACAAACUUUUAUUUUUAAAAAGUUUUAUGUAAAAGGUAACAUGUCUUCCAGUCUAUAGAGAUACUACAUGACAUGCAUUAUUUUUUUAUUACAUAUUUUAGAAAUACUUCUGGAUGUUUCACUGUAUUAAAGUAUUUAAGUACUAUAUGUACAUGUUUUACAUCUUUGUGCGUUUAAAGAUUCUGACUUCCCCAUUAGUGCUAGUCAUUCUGCCUUGUCGCGAUAAUUCAUCUUUUAAUGAAGCAAUUUCUCUAAUUGUGUAGUUCCUUUUAGAAAAUGUAUAGUAGUUUCUUUAUUUCCUCUACUGAUAGAAUAGUAUGAAAUUUUAGCUCUGUUCUUUAUGUUUUUCUGUCUCUGAGUUCAUUCAAUAAACACAUAAGAAUAUU